AGGAUCAUGCUGCCCAGCUUUGCGCUUAUGGCACAUGCCAUAACGAGGACGGAGAAUUACGCGCCAAUAUCUGCAGCGCUCAUGCCUAUGCGGCAGUUGAUGUCAUGCAACCAGACAUACGGACAAGGUUUCGAAAUCUGCGGCGGACCAGAUAGCACGUUUUGCUACGACAAGGCUGGUAACGCGGCAUGUUCUGACUCCGUCAAUCGUCCGCCUGUCGUAUCGCACUGACUCUUCGGCUAGACGUGUUGCGCUGAUCAUGGUUUCUGUAAUCCAGGCUCCUAUUGUGUACCAAGUCCAGGAUAUUGCUGUGCCGAUGUAAGGGUAUAGACCCACUCAAACACGGCCAUGUUGACAGAGUCACAGGAUGAGAAUUUGGUCACUUGUGCUCAAAUUACUGGUUUUGUUUUUCCAACGACCCUGAUAGUUUUUCCAACUGCGACUACGAGCAUCGCUGCCAAUACUGCCACUUUCGCAUUAUCCACGACAACGCCCGGUGGAGUGGUCCCAUUCUUGGCAGAGGGGCUGCAGCCAUCUUCGACAUUGACCAUGAAUUCGCCGAGUUUAUCAACGGUGGAGGGCGUGCCAACUCUAUUCACAGUUGAUAACGAAACGGCCGUUCCGAGCACGACAGUCGACAGUCCGGCGGUUGUGACUACUCUGGAUAACUUCGAUACAGCGGGCCCAAAGCAGAGCUUGGUUCUCAGCACUACCACAAGCCCCGUUGUACAGGUAGCUAUGGCGACCCUGAAGGCUUCUACAGCGUUGAGAUCCGUAGCACUAACGUGGAUGGUGGGAUUUGUGUUUGCUUUAUGAUAGUUGUGUAACUUCUCGAGGAUAUUGGAGGUGCAGGAGACUGGAUAUUUGCAUUACGUAUGGCGGUUAUGGUGUGUUGCGUCGAUGG